GAAUAAGUGAUUAUGAAUUUACAGGAUAAGUGAUUAUUGUCCAGGAUAUAUCGAUUGGACACCAAAACUCACAAUAAUUUUUUCGAAACUUUUACGAACAUUGAAUUUAAGUGUUCGCUACAAUAAGGUUGCAGUUGGAGAUGGAACAGGCAUGGCUUCAGAAAGUUCGGGAGCAGAAUGGCUAGUGUGGAUGUUAGGAGGAGAAAACGAAAGAAGACAGUUCAGAAUAUUUAGUGCUCAUCGUUGUUUCGAGCGACUGAUCAAGUGCGUGGAAUCAUUUUUGCAUCCAUUACACGAAGGUGUACACACGCCAACAUUGCAAUCAUUUUUGGAUGCACUUGUUAGUGAAAUGGUGCGACGUGUACGAACAGAACGCGUGCGUUCAAAGACUAUAAAUAAGGUACCACAAAAAAUGCGACUUACUGAUGAACAAAUAGAAUGGUUUGUAACCACAUUACUACCUUCGGUACUCUACUCAGUCUUUUCAACAACUGAAACAUCUGUCUCGAAUAUUAUGCGUAAUUUGGCUUUCCUGGCACCACAGCUAGUUCUUCCACGAUGUCUUGACCUAGUAUAUCCAUCAUUCUCCACAAUUACCAAACCUCAUCGAUUGAAACAAUCACUGGAAUGCAUUGUUGAGAUUUGUGUACCAUUAGUUCGUGAUUGUGGUACCUAUACUUAUCACACAUAUAAUGUCUGCAAACGGGAUUGGACUAGCAGUCCCGCUGAAAAUCCAAAAAAACAGAAGAACAUGUUUCUGCAGUCAUCCAUUGAAGACACGCAAUCUCGAAGGGAUCAACUUCGCAUACCGUUACGUGAGCAUGCAAUUUUUUUACUAGACGCGCUGAUUGACGCCGUUGAUAUUAAUGACAUUGAUAAGUUAUUACUUUCUUUACAAACAUUGGAAACAAUUUUUCAUCUAAUUCCAAUUGUUGACUGUUCACAAGCUGUGGAAAUGAAAGAAUAUUCAAAUUUGAACGAUGAAGAGAAGCGCCUCUGCAAAUUAACAGCAAGAUUUCCGAGUAUAGUGCAAAACUUUGUUAAUAAAGUAUUCAAAGUUAUAACACAGUUGUCUAGCUCUGCACCAAGUGAAUUCUCACCAUGUGUGGAUUCAAUAUGCGAUAAUUCUGAAAUAGUCAUGGCUGGGACAGAAGAAAUCGUCAUGAGUGCAAGCAUCCAAAGCGCCUUCCACGCACUAUUCUCUAAUUGCUCAUCCAAUUUUGUCGCACUCAUUGGUGAUCAAACGUAUACAUUUAUCACAACUUCACAAUUUGAAAAUGUCGUUGCUACUGAUGCUGCAUGCUCGUUGAUUGAAGAAUCCACUUAUGCUGAUCCAGUUCGUUACUUCCCUGUAUAUGUCAAAUUUCUUUUAGAAAAACAGAAGCAGUACAUGACAGAGGAUAAAAGGGCACUGAAAGAACUUGAUGCAACAACAAUGUGGUAUGCAUAUUUAUCGCAGACAAUUUUUUCUGUGUCAAGCGAUUUGUUAUUAAAAUAUAGAGAGGAGUGUAUUCAGAUGCAUAGAUAUUCUUUAUCAAUGAUCUGCUCUAAUGUUUAUCAGGGAGCAUGUUGGUCUUUGAAGCACCUAUUAACUCAACUUAUAGAAAUUUACCCUAUAUCAGAUGAUGAUAAACAAGCUGAUUUAGAUUUACCACUGAAUAUUUCGUUACCAAUAAGAAAAUGGGGGGCUAGCUGUGCCAAGGAUUCUAUUCGUAUCAAAUGGCACAUUCCUACUGAUGAAGAAUUGCAUUUUGCUGAACGGUUACUGAAAGAAUUUGCAUAUCCGGAAAUUAAAUUGCUUGCAACACCAAAUAAAAUGGACAAAUUUGCUAUAAAACGUUCAUUAUUUAUAAUUGAUAGCUUGCUAUCCUGUGUUGGAAAUCGUUUACCUGAUUUUGACACACAAGAAAUAAAACUGAGUGAAACUGUUGUAAAUAUAAAUCCAGUAUUUAUAUCAUCAAUGUCACCAAAUUUGAAAACAUUUUCUUUAAAUGGUGAAAAUAUUCGUGAAAAAGUACGUGCUACACUGCAUCAUUUGAUGGUAUUUCUGCUCAGUCAACCAGAAGAUGAAUCCAAAUCUCUUCUACUCAUCUCAUCAAUUUUGCAAACAUUAUGUACAGAAGGGUCUGUACCGCAAUUUCGAGCACGUAGAAAGAACGUAAGUAUCAAUUACCAUGAUCCGAUUCGAGGACGCCGUGCUGAACUUUAUGACUCUUUUGAGAGACGAGAUUUGUAUAUCAAAUAUCCCAAAUUUACCGAGUCUCAUUUUAAAAUCAUGAAAGACCUUAUACUACUUGGAACGAAUAUUUUUACUGUAGUUCGUGUUACUUCUCAAGCAGUUCUAAAUACUUUGAUAGCAAAGUUCCCAAAUUCAAAACGGUUAUUAGUAGACGACGUAUUGCGACAUCUGGAUCCUAAUCGAAAUAUUAACCACGAAGAAAUGAAAGGAGCUUUGUAUAUCCUUAACAAAUGUGGCUUUUUAAUUUCAAAUACAAUUACAAUCCGGUGCAAAUGCUGGCCAGCGAUUGCCAAGCUGCAAAUAUCAGAGAAACCAUCAAUAAUAUCAUUACUACAAUACUCUUUGGGUACUGUUUCUGUAAGACAGUGGACAAUAAAAAAUAACGUUGUGCGCAUUUUUGCAUAUGUACCUAAUAUAAAGUUCAAGUAUGCAUGUGGUGUCAGAUCAGAUAAUUUACAAAUCCUUUAUGAUGGAACCAAACUUCCAGUUAAUGAGAAAACAUGGAAUGAAACUAUCUUCAUCUCCAAACCUCAUUGGGGUGCUUAUCAAUGGCCAAAAUCAUUUGAAAAUUUUACGUCUACAUUACGUUUCCAGUUUAUGAAUACUGAAUUUUUCCGCUCUUCUUCAUACUUAUUUGAAUUCAGAAAAUUAAUGGUAUCUGCUCCAGCUAAUAAACAAACAGUAUUGCAAAGAUCAGUAUCAGAGUUGAAUGAAAUUGAGAGAUCAGUACUGGAAUAUAUUCAAGAUGAGCAGUUUCUUGUCUUCUGGCAUGCCAUUUUAUUGAAAGAAAAAGAAGACAGCACUGCAUUCCAUCCAAGCGAAUAUCGUUUUGUCAAAGUAUUCUAUCAUUAUGUUAUGUAUAUUUGUAAAUACAAAUUUUUUAAAUUUAAUGAUAGUUAUAUCAAACGACGUGCGCAAACCAAAGUUGCAGCAACAUAUUGUGCUGGUAUAAUUCGUGGUUCAAGAAACUGGCCUUUCAAGGAAUUACAAACAAUGUGGAAGUGGUUAAAACCCGUAAUAAUUUAUCAAAUAGAAGGUUUAACAACAGAUACCUUAACUUCUUGGGAAAUGGCAUUAAAAUUGUGCAUGAAGAUGACUGAUGUUCGGAAAUUGCAUUGGCUUGUAGAAACAAUCUUUGAAAUUGCAUCAAAACCAACACCAACAGCUUGGCACCGUUGUGUACGAAUGGGUAUUAUUUAUUACGUUUCGACAUGUUCUGCAUGGCGCACAACAGAAUUACUCAAUCGUGCAAUACAAAUAGCAAAUAACUUAAUUCCUCAAGCUUGGUUGGCUCCUGAACGUGAUGAGAUUGCCAAUAUGCUCACUUAUCCUGCUGUUUAUGGUUUUGCCAAUGGUGAUCAAAAUGAUAUACCAAAAAAUUUUAAACUUCCCAAACUAGAAGAAAUAAUAAAGAUGUUUAACUCUCAGGUUGAAGACUUGAUGAGACUUCGAAAAAAGCAACAAACCAAGAAAAGUAUAUUUAGUAGAAGAAAAUCAGUACCUUCAACUCAAUCGUCACGAUCAACAGCAAGCAAAUCUUCAAAAAGCUCGUUGCUUACUGCUUCAAGAACUACAAUACAAACUGUACUCAAAACAGACAGUAUUUUUGUACAAGGUCAAUUAUACAUCAAAACACUUAUGAGAUUUUUGAAUGCAUAUUUUCUUUCUUGCUUUACCGCUCUUUCGCCACCAAUUAUUGCGCUUUUUCCUUUAGUGACUCAUCUAGCUGACGAGGAAACCGCCAAUAACGACGAGGCAGAAGUAGUGAUGGAUGUUGAUCUCGUCGUUGGUUCUAGCAAUGUACUCUUUCAAGCUUGGUCAGGUAUCUAUCUGUGCGAUGAAAUUGCUGAACAAAUGCUUACUACUGUUGAAAAGAAGGAGCUAUUCGAAGAUACGAAUAAUAAAAUAUUACCUAAACGGCAUGGUGCUGUAUUAGCUUUAUCUGCAGUGAUUCGAGCUCAUCCUUUUACAAUUCCACCAAUAGUUUUUAAUAUGAUACCAAGGUACUGUCAGCUUGUGAAUCUUGUUGCAGUAAUAGUCAGUGAAUGCAAAAUGAAAUAUUUACAGAUGACAGUAACAGAAACAUUACGAUCAUUUUUGCGCACACACCACGAUGAAAUGGUAGAAAGUGGUGAAAAGUAUGUAAUUGAAAAACUACUCCUUCCCAUACAGAAUUUUAUCUCACCAAAUUACUAUGUAUAA